GGUGGUAUUCAAGCCAACACUGCUACUCCAUCGACAUAAGUUCUGCGAAAUCUGAGCAUUGUGCUCCUUGAUCCCAUCCCUCUCGCCAUGAACACAACAUGCCAAUCUUUCUAUGACGGCCAGGAUGUAUGUACACCGGUGACCGAUGUACCAUUUUAUUUCAGUUAUCGUCCGACAUUGCUCAGAGACAUACCAGACUAUGCCCUAGCUCUCGCUGCCCCAGUUCUUGCCUACUGGCUGCUCUCUUUUUUUUUUCAUCUCCUCGACAUAUCCGGGUGGAAAUGGCUGGACAGAUAUCGCAUACACGAAUCCGCUGAAGUCAAAUCUCGCAACUUGGCUUCACGCUGGGACGUCGUCUGGGCCGUUGUUUUGCAACAUUCUGUUCAAACGAUGUUAGGAAUAUUCUGGUUGACGGAUGCUCCACCAUACACACUCUCUGGCCAUCAGGAAGCCAUGUCAACCAUUGGUCGGAUCCUAGUUUCCAUCAUUCAUCGCACCAUAGGGGAUGAAGCAGGUCAGGAUUUUCUGGAGUCAAGGGGUGCUGGGAUAGUGCAAUGGCUUUAUUGGUGGGGAAUCCCAAUGGCUCAACUUUUCUUUGCUAUGUUCGUAAUCGAUACAUGGCAAUAUUUCCUUCACCGCUUGAUGCACACCAACAAGUUCUUGUACAAGCAUUUACAUUCUGUACACCACAGGCUAUAUGUCCCUUAUGCUUUCGGGGCGCUGUAUAACCAUCCUGUGGAAGGCUUCCUUUUGGAUACGAUGGGUGCCAUGGUUGCCGAGUAUCUAUCCUGUUUGACCAUUCGUCAAUCAAUCCUCUUGUUUGCAUUCAGCACCUGCAAAACGGUCGAUGAUCACUGUGGCUAUAAUUUCCCGUUCGACCCUCUUCAAAUACUCAGCACCAACAACGCAGACUAUCAUGACAUACACCAUCAGACAAUUGGCAUCAAGUCCAAUUUCUCUCAACCGUUCUUUGUUCACUGGGAUACAUUAUUGGGGACCCGCAUGACCAGGAAAGAUAUCGAAACUCGCAGGAACAAGACCAAGACCAAAACUACUUAACACACGCCCCUUUCACUUCUAUGUACUUUUUAGAUCUUUAUUUUACUUUUACUGUUACUUAGCUUUCAUACUUCAUGCAUUCAUACUUCGUGCAUUCAACAUAGGUAAUUUCCGUAAUGUAAUACGCUCGCGCUGUUCUGGAUCCAGACCGAUGACUACUAUCUAUAUUCUCUAAGGCUUUGACAGACCCGGAUUGUAAACAUCAUAUUACAGUUUAUAAUAUACGCCAUAGUCAACUGGUGAAGUAACUGAGCCUGGGUGCAUGCAAUGUUCCGUAAAAGACCUUUGAGGCUUCCAAGAAUCGUAAUGUACGGGUAUCUGAGGAACAUUAAGUAGGUGCAUACAAAGUCUUGACCUCAUAAUCGACAAACACUCAAUUGCGCGAACUAUUCCAAAUUUCCCUUUGAAGAAUAGGAAAUCUGUGAUUCGGGUCUCUCUUUGGCUUGAUCUGGUCCCACUAGAUCCAACGACAGUGGACCGCUGACAUCACGUACUACCACCCCUGCAGGAAAGUCGCUUGCUGUCGUCAAUGGACUAACGGGCUCUGCUACAGAUUCUUCAACAGAAGAUGUAUCAGAGAGUCCAUUGUAUAGCGGGACCUGCUCGCGGAGCUGAGACUGUCGUAGGGGGGAGAAUGAUUCUCCAGACGGUGCGGACCGAGAACUAAAAAACCCUCCCAGCUUCUUCGCCAAUGGAGCGUUAGAAGCGUUGGAAGGUGCCGGAACAGGGAUGUUUGAUGGAACUGUCUUCGUCGUCUCUUCCCCUCUCCAAAGUUUGAAGCCCCACCCCCCUCCAGAAGCACUACUCUUGUGCGUCUCUGCAGCGGACCGGCCGGUGCCCGCAGGGCUGUUGGAUGUCUUUCUGACCAGAUCGUCGCCUGGAAUUGGUUGCUCGCCAACCUUAUACUCCUGUAUAAACUCUCGAAGAGCCUUCACGCAAGUCUCUGAAGCUUCUCUUGCUUCAGAUGUCUCCCGUAGCUCAUGCUUGACUUCCUCCAAUUCAGUCUUAAUGGCCUUGAGUUCCGAACGCAAAGACUCUGACUCGGCUAUAGCGUUAUCGUCUGUGUGAUCAUCAAGAUGUUGCGGUGAUGUGCGUCCGAAGAUCCCUGACAUUCGUCUAGAGUUUCCGGGGACGCUCGUGCUGUUGUCAGGGAACGACAAAUUAGGUAUAUGAGGGCUUGAUAAAAUGUUGAAGUUGGCAUCGGAGACCGAGGAAAUACGUCUAUGACUGUUGAUACGGGAAACUCCUGGUGAGCUGGGCGGGGCGAAGGAAGUGCGUUUCGAAGACGAGGGACCUCCAAGUCCUGGAAGACUCGCGCGAGAUAAAUCAAGUCCCACAGGAACUUGGCUCGCUCGACGACUCUCAGUUUGCAGCCU